AACAGGCUCACGUUACCCCGAUGUAAAGUACUAUAUGUCAUGUUACUUUGCAUUUGCUGUUGACUACCCCGUCUGUUGCAGCAAUGAAAUAUAGGCUCACAUUCAAAAUAUCAAGAAGUCGUCUAUUGAUACGUCUAUCCGACCCUCGGUUCGCAGAUUUGUGCGUCAUUGUUCAGGACAACACAUUUGACAUUAGCAAAAAAAUGGUCACGCGAUGGGAUGAUCUCACCAUGCGUAUUUUUUAGAAUAAUUUUGAACAACUGAGUUUUGUUGUGGAGCCUUCACAGGACCUGUUGGGCUUUGAUAAAAUCGGCUGUAUUGAAACUAGAAAUCAUUUAGCCACCAGCUUUCACUAUUGACAACGGAGAGCAUGUUGCGCACAUUGCCCAAGAAACGACAAACUCACAUUUUCAUCUCAUCGCGUACACAUAAACGACGUCGAUAAAAUGUCGAUAUUCGUGUCGUCCGCUAACCCACGUGUAUGUUGUGCGAUCAGUGUACGGAGGAAUUCGGCGUGGCCUUGUACUUUUACUAACUCAAGCAGUGCUUGUUUUUCCAACUUUAAAUUUAAGAUGGGUUUCGUACCAGUGCAGCCUCCACAGUACGAAGGGACUGGAUUGAUAAAGAAAAUCUCACUAAAUCGUGACAAACACGUCAAAGGAACAAUUCGCAUGCUUACCCCGGCCGAAAUGCGCGGACAGGAAUGCACUUUUUUAUUUGAUAAUGUCCGAGCGACUGACGAAGAAAAAGACUUUAUGUCGAUUGGUAUGACAAUGCAGUUCUUCUACAGUGGCAAUGAGAUCACCGGAUAUCGAGCGAGUAACCUACAACUAGUGGACGUUGCCGACUACACCGCGUUUGUGUGUAGAGUCCCCCCUGCAGCGACUGCUGAGGAAGAUGCUAGCUUAGACGAUGAAGCGAGAUGGACAGGCCUUGAAGUCACCGUUGAUCUAACACUGGAGAGAGUGCGGGUUAGCGCGAAAUCUCUUCGAGAACUCUUCACAAAUCCAGAGACUGGUGAAGUUGAGCCCUGUACUAUCAAACCCGGUGAUCGCUGUCUCAUACAGAUCUCAACGAAAUACUGGCUACGGAUGAUGACUCUGGACGAAAAAAUGGAGUACACAAUUGUAAGUUUUCUCCCCUUUGAUUCAACGGUCUCGAAGGGUCAUGCUUCAGCGGAAAAGCAGGCAACCUUGCAUAAUUCGCUAGAGCAACAGAAAAAUAAAGUAGAUAGUGAGGACCAGUCAUUGCCAAAGGUGGAUGCGCCCUCUACGUCCGCGCCGUUUUCGGAUGCACCAUCUGAUCUUUCACCCCAAUGCAACCCACAACCUGAAACAAGACAAAAAGCACGAGUCGCCAAGCUACAUGAUAAUUUGGAUAGCAAUCGUUGGAGGUUCACUAAACCUGUUCGAGGCCACGCAUGGGUAAGCGAUCAGACCGAAUACAGUUCAAGCUAUCGCGACUCCAACGUGCUGGAGCAUGAUCAUCACUGCCAGUGCCGCCGAGGUGUGAGUGGUCCGCAGGUUGCACGAAUUUGUGGUCCGGGCUGUUGUGUAGAUGAGAUGCUCGACCGUCAACCCGUCUCCUUUCAUCAUCAAGCACAAUCACUAUCUACUUAUAAUCUGUCGGCGUUCCACCAUCAGGAACGAUCAGUUUCCAGCUGUGGUAGAGAAGCCCGCAACCGAAGAUGUGUUAUCAAUGGUUUAAAAGUAGACGAAAGCACCCCACCCCUUUCUUCACGCAGACUUCAUACGACUUCAUCGCAAGACGUGGACGAAAAUGAUGACAGCGACGAUGACGAUGAAAUUGAAGAGUAUUGUCCUGUACAGGACAAAAUGGUUGGCGCAUGCGCCGCUGCCGGAGCCAUGCCCUAUAUAGGAGUAAAUUCAUGUAGCUUUGUUGCACCAAUAUUUUCGUGCCUUCGCAUGCCUGGAAAUUACACGGCGACCCUGGACACGAUGGAGGCUCAUAUGAGCGCAACAGGCGCAUGCGACCAUCGUUCGAUAGGCGACUACCCAAGCGCAGCUGGGCCUCAUUCGCAGCCAGGCUCUGAUCAAUGCCAGUAAAUUCUUAACAGACCUCAGUAGCACCGACCACCCUUGACAAAGUAAACAUGUUUUCCAACAUGCCACUGCAGCCGUACUUCGCCCAGUGGCCGGAGCUACCCCCUAUACCUGGCAGUUCCGUAGGUUCAGUUAUAUUGUCGGAUGCAACAACAAUGAUUCAUAUGUGACGUUUAUUAGUAAGUACACGACGAGG